AUGCUGUUCCCGGAAUGUUGGAAGUAGCAGAGACCAUGUGGAGCAUGUUGUCCUUGGUUUCUUUACCUCCAGAAAGAAGAAAAAUUGGCAUCUUGCAUUCUGGAAGUCCAUUAAGAGUCUGAAGUCAGGGACUUCUUUCAGAUUUGGACAUGGCUAGUCGAGGAGCAACGAGACCCAACGGGCCCAAUACUGGAAAUAAGAUAUGCCAGUUCAAACUAGUGCUUCUGGGCGAGUCCGCUGUCGGCAAGUCGAGCCUGGUGCUUCGCUUUGUGAAAGGCCAGUUUCAUGAGUUUCAAGAGAGUACCAUUGGGGCUGCUUUUCUAACCCAAACUGUGUGUCUUGAUGACACUACAGUAAAGUUUGAAAUCUGGGAUACAGCUGGCCAAGAACGAUACCAUAGCCUAGCCCCAAUGUAUUACAGAGGAGCGCAAGCCGCCAUAGUUGUGUAUGAUAUCACAAAUGAGGAGUCCUUUGCAAGAGCAAAAAAUUGGGUUAAAGAACUUCAGAGGCAAGCAAGUCCUAACAUUGUAAUAGCUUUAUCAGGAAACAAGGCUGACCUAGCAAAUAAAAGAGCUGUAGACUUCCAGGAAGCACAGUCCUAUGCAGAUGACAACAGUUUAUUAUUCAUGGAGACGUCAGCUAAAACAUCAAUGAAUGUAAAUGAAAUAUUCAUGGCAAUAGCUAAAAAAUUGCCCAAGAAUGAACCACAGAAUCCAGGAGCAAAUUCUGCCAGAGGAAGAGGAGUAGACCUUACUGAACCCACACAACCGACCAGGAGUCAGUGUUGUAGUAACUAGACCUCCAGUCUGAACUAGCUGGAAUGAAUAUUCUUCUGCUUCCCAAAUGUCAAUAACAAUGGAAUUGGAGCAUUUAACCAGCCCAGUAUGACUUCUAAAAAGAAGAGACUUAUCAUAGAGUCAAGUUUCUAAUACAGAAUUAUUUUAAGUGUUUUGAACUUAAUUUUUAAUAACAUGCAUGUGUCCCUCUGACUAAUGUUUCAGCAAUAGAAAGGGAAAGUGAGAGCUGUGUGUAUACUUGUUUCAUUGAAAGGUUAGGGGCAGAAACUUCUCAUCACUAGGGACACAGACAAACGACCGUAUGGACCACAGUUAACCAACCAGUUUCUUCACACUGGUAGUCACCUGUGACAAAGAUUUGAAACUUAUUAAUUUGGGCUUUCCAAAAACUUUUUUGGAAGGGGAAUCUAAAGUUUUACUUAGCUACAGUAUUCAGGCAAAUAGUAGUUUCUCCUGGUACUUACAUUUGAGAAGCGUACAUUCCACAUUUUAAUGAAUUAACCACAAGAAAACAGUCCCAUGUCUCCGGGGCUUGGGGGAAUGAAUAUUAAUGGCAUCUGAAUUAUAGCCAGUCCUAUUAUUUUUUAAAUGGGGUAAAAGUCAAAUGUAACCCCGUCUUGUUUUUGGAAUAUGAGAACUGAUAAAUGCAUCUUAUGGAUCGUGUUCCUGUCAAACGUGUGAGCUCUUCAACAGAAAUGAAACAAACCAGGUUUCUGUGAUUUCUAUUUAAUCACUGCUGGCCAUUACAUAGGUUUUGUUGUCUGGGGGCAGGGAGGGGGCUUUUGUUCCCUUUUGACAUAAUAUAGUCAAUGCACUAACAAUUAUGUAUAUUCAAACUUGAUUAUUUUAAAUUCGAUCUUCAGCUGUACUGUAAAUAGGGUACUGCAUUGUAGUCUCCAUAUAUGUAAUACUUUUCUGUAAUAUUUAAGAGUCGCUUAAACAUAUACAGAAUGUACAGUUACUAAACAAGCUAAUUAUUUCUUUCUCUCCCCCCUUGAAGGGAAGGGGCUUCGGUUGUUCCUACAUGGUUAGAACCAUAAUAAGCAAUGUACCCGUAAUUUGUAACAUAAAGUAUUGCGAUAUGUUAGUAACAAUCUUGCAGCCUUGUUUUCCAAAGUUCAUUUUAUUUCGAUCAGUUCAGUAUAUUGCACUAAUUAUUUUAGGUAUUUUCAUUAUAUGAAUUCUACCAUGUGACAGAGAUGAUUUAAUCUAUUUAAGUGUUGGACUGCUAGGAGAACUUGUAUAUUUACAAUAAUGCAGAAUUAGGAAAAAUGGUUCACCAGUGUUUAGUUUUAUAUUGAGGUGCUCAGGUUGGAAUAAAGUGGUAUCAAAAGCAA